GAGAAGAAAGUAGAGGAGAGUUUAUCUGAUAGUUGUAGCGAUCCGGCUAAAGUUUAAUACCGCUGGAUCAUUACACUACACGGAUAUGGACUUCCUACUUCGCUUUUAGACAGGGGGCAUUAAAAUAGCUUCGGGCAAUUUAUUUAUGAAAUAUAUUUUAUAAGAAUGGAGCGGAUGUGUAUACGCUUGGCCAAACUCGACAUUUCUUCGACUUUAACUACAUUAAAAGUGAUCAGAUGGUGUGGACAGAGACACGUUCACUCCCGUCCAUCUGUGUCUGUCCCUGCUCGGGUUGAUCUGAUUAGGACAUACUCCUCUUCCUCUCUGAAACCAAGAGGAUCUGUCACUGUUUCCCCUUCACAUGUUUGUCUAAGGUCAAGAUCAGGGCUGCUCAACACAUGUUUAACUGCAUUCAAACCUCCAGUUCAACCCGCACAUGAGUUUCACACGUCAGGCAGACUGAGAGCUGUCCCUGCGCCCUUCAUCUGGCUGCUGCUGAAGCCCCUGCAGAAGCUCGUGGCCAUCAUACUGGGCAGGAGCAUCAGAAAGUGGUGGUUGGCCCUGCCACCCAAUAAAAAACAGUUGUUUCGUGAAUGGACUUGGCGUAGACGCUGGCACUUGGCGGGGUCUGGGGCGGGACUGCUGUUCUUCAUCUCUCUCUUCUUCCUCACCCACCUGGAUGAGUCUCCAGUUACAGGAAGGACCAGGCUGCUGGUGUUCAGCAGAGAGAACUUUAUGGAACUGGCUCAGUUCACUGCAGAAGGGUAUUUGGAGGAGUUUAAGGAGGCUCUGAUCCCUGCAUCCGACCCCAGGCACCAGGUGGUGGAACGAGUGGUUCAGCAUUUGGCACAGAGGAACCAGGACAUUGCUGAGAUUUCUUCUGUCAGCUGGAAUGUCCAUGUGGUGGACGGCCCCACCAUCAACGCAUUUAUUUUGCCUAAUGGGGAGGUUUUUAUCUUUACAGGUAUGCUGGAGGCUGUAGCAGACAUCCAUCAGCUGACCUUUAUAAUGGGGCAUGAAAUGGCUCACGCUCUGAUUGGUCAUGCAGCAGAGCAGGCCAGUUUGUCUCAUGUGGUGGAGCUCUUGUCUCUUAUUCUUCUAACGGCGAUCUGGGCGAUCUGUCCUCGGGACAGCCUGGCUGUGCUGGGCCAGUGGAUUCAGGGCAAACUAGUGCAGUUCUUAUUUGACCGACCCUUCAGUCGCAAGUUGGAGGCAGAGGCGGACCAGGUCGGAUUGCAAUUGGCUGCCAAGGCAUGUGCUGACGUGAGGGCGGGGCCAGUGUUUUGGCAGCAGAUGGAGAUUUCUGAUCAGCUGAGAGGGGAGCCCACCAUCCCCGAGUGGCUGUCUACACACCCCUCCCACCAAAACCGUGUCAGACAGCUGGACCGCCUCGUCCCUGAGGCUUUGGAGCUCCGUGCACACUGCGACUGUCCUGCCCUUCCCACAGCCGACCCCCGUAUCAUUUUCUCCCAGAGUGUUCGACUACUGCUGGAAAACGCCAAAAAACAAGAGAUAAUAGAGGAAGAGGAAAAGAAAGAGAAAGAGAGAGCUCGAGUUAUAUUACCCCUCCCUCUAAUCCCUCCUGUCCCAACUCAGGGGUCUCAGCCGCAGCUUGGGGGAGUGCUGGCCACAUCCACUCUGCCACAGACUCUGCUUAAUAAAUGAGAUUUGAUGAAAAUGACUGUCAGAGACAAAUUCAAGUUUUCCUGUUCAGUUCUCUCUUUCCAGUCCAGUAGCCCUGAAACAAGGCCUGAGUGUAUUGGCGGAUAGAAAUGGACACCUGUUCUUGAUGCAAUACAUUUGUUGUCACUUUGAUAGCCACAAGUCUGCUGAUGUGAUGUUAGUCAGAAAGUGGGAGUAUGUAUUUCAUUUGUGUGUAAAGUUUAACAGGAAAGUUCAGCCAAAAAUGAAAACUCUGUCAUCAUUUACAGUACUCACAUGUUGUUGCAAACCAAUGUGACUGGCUUUCAUUUGUGGAACACAAAAGGAGAUGUUAGGCAGUAUGUUAAUCUUAGUCAAUAUUUACUUACAUUGCAUCUUUUUUCCAUACAAUGAAAGUGAAGGGUGACUAAGGCCAUAAUUCUGCCUUACAACUCCUUUUGUGUUCUACAGAUGAAAUAAAUUCAUACUGGUUUUAAACGACAUCCAUGGCAGUGCUAUCAAGUUAAUAAUGGAGGAAUUCUAAAUGGACUUUUCAUUAGUUUUAAUUAUGUUAUUAGCAGACCCCUGUGAAGUUGAAUGCAUCUUGGUGUACAUUAUACAUCAAAGAUCUGCCUCUACUUUAAUGUCCUCUAUAGGUUCCAGGCUGUCAUGUAACUCUGCUGUAUAGAGUAGCUGCAUAUGUCAGUGGGUUUAAAACUGUGUAGCUCUGGGCUUUCUACAUUAUUUAUUAACAGGGACAGCUGGCAUCAAAUGAACCCAACGUUAAUAUUUUGGAAAAGCAUCGAGUUCACGUUAAAUUUACUCUCUGUGCAAGACUAUGAAGGUAAGGAAAAUGGGACUGAAAAUACGCACAAGUUAAAAGAAGGCCUUUACAUGAUUUGUGUAUCCACCCUUUUAAAUCUGGAUUUUUUUAUGCGUCUAUAAAAGCUUUACUGUGUAAACUGCGGCUGUUUUAGCUGUUUCGAUGUGACUGAUAUUUGAUUUAAUUAUACAAUCCUAUGUAAAUGCUGUGGACAAAUUAUCAAUCUAUCCAGUGUUUUAGCUGGCUGCAAAAAUCUUUCUGAAGAGUCAUAUUGUUUUUCAAAGUUUGUGUCUCACUUCAGAAAAUAGGAACAUGGAGUGAUUAAUAUCUUAAAAAAGGGCUUUCUCACAUUGUGGUGUUUUCCUUUAUUAUUCUAUUCUUCUUCAAGUCAACUCAAAAUAGCAAUUAGAUCUCAUUUUACUUUCUUAAUGUGACAUACUGUAUUUUUUUUUAGGUAAACAGAAUAUUCAACAAGAAAAAAAAAACCCUGUAAAGGACAUUGGACACUGUAUGUGUGUGUGUGUGUGUGUGUGUGUGUGUGUGUGUGUAUAUAUAUAUAUAUAUAUAUAUAUAUAUAUAUAUAUAUAUAUAUAUUUCAAAUCUUUGCUAUUUGCCGUAAUAUUGAUUACUAGGUAAACAUUAAAUUAAAUUAAAAAGAAAAACAUGUUUGUCAUGUGAAUAACAUUCACUAUUAGA